GGAGAGGAGUAUUGAGGAUAAAGUGGGCUGCAUAACUUUGGUUGGUUAAGGCUUAAAAUACACUGAAAGAGGAAUACACUGUUUUCUAGUUCCUGGGUUUCGGUAUACAUUCGUAUCCUCUUCGCCCUGGUCGUUGCUUUGUUCGCCACCUUCGUUGUGUUACCCCGUUCCCUUCCGCUUGUUCGGAUAUGGAUGCCCAGUAUCCUUUUGCUUCACGGGACGACAUUUGGCGCGUCUUCGAGGAGCUAAAGGAGCUCCAUGCUACGCAAUUUGAGCAGGCGGAACGAAUUGCAAGACUUGAGCGACGAAGAGAGGAGGAUGCGAAGUUGAAAAGCGUCUGGGGCCCUGUAUCACUGUUUCCUACUUCCGUCGGAGGCACAAUACCCACAGAGCCAAUCUUCCAUUCUCCAGCCGACGCCUUCAAGGGUUUUGAUCAGGGGCAGCAUCACGGAGUCGUGGGUAACAUGGGCAUGGAGGGCGAAGAGGAGCCCAGGCGAGGAACUUCGAGGGCGAACAGUGUUCGUUUCGAUGAAAGCGCUAUUCAUGGUUACUAUGGGCAAACCAGUCGGUCCACCAGUGAGCUGCCACUGAGAACUGGGAGCGGUAUGGGAAGUCAUCCUCUGACCGAGCGGUCUCUGUCUCAUCGAUCCGAUGGACGACUAAGUUCAUCAGGGCACUCCCAUCACUCGGCUCGUACCAACAGUCUGGGACUAGACAUCACCAGCAGGAUGACGGGGUCUUCUGUCGCCGGGUCCCCUCUCAUCCCCUCACCCGGACUUUUCAUCCUCGGUCCUGUUCCCUGCAUUAUGCGGUGUUGGUUGACGACAAAUUUUUCCAAUGAUUCACUACUGUAUGCCGCUGUCUGUUCAGGGUCCUAUAAGUCAUCUCUGGGUUACCCCAUGAUUCGAAAGUUGGGUCUCGAGGGCCUGGUAACGCAGGAGGAAGACCUGCAAUUUAUCAAGCUCCCGAUGUAUCUGCCUGAGGCUAGUGUUCAUCAAUCAUCCUCCAGGCCCAGUAGCCCAGUCCCUCAGCUGCCGGCACUGACCGUCCGGUUCCUUGUCCGUGACGUCGAUCCCAAUGAUCCGUCCAUUCAAAUUGUUAUUGGCAGUGAUGUCCUUCGCUCUCAUAAUGCAGAACUACUCUUCUCUCAAGACAAGAUCAUCAUGGUGGACGAUGAGCGAAAUAGGAUCUCGAUCCCUCUUGUGCGCCCCGAAGAUGACUCGGCUUUCAAAUUUCUUCGCACGGUAUCCGAUGCCUCACGUCCUGCGAGCAUGGCACAGCCACUUGAAGCUAACAGUCAACCUGAUACCAAUGGGUGUUCGGUCGGUGUUAUUGGCCCACCUAGGAGUGUCUCCCGACAGUCUAGGUCAGCAUCUGCUUACGCCAGAGGUUCGACUGAGGAACCCGAAGAGAGUCGAAAGACGUCUUUGGAUACCCAGGAACUCCCGAGAAGCGCCGAAAACACCAGCUUGAGUAAGUCAGCCGUAGUUGCGGGUUCUCCUCCGGAGGGCCCGGCGAAGAUGGAGCCAGCUGGGGUUUGGGGCUCGUGGAAACGCGAUACCAAACUGGACUCCAAUACUUCUACAGCGGGUAAGGCUUCUAGGUCUCGUCCCAUGAAAGUCCUACGCCCGACCAAGUCCUCUCGGACAUCAUCCACUACAGCUUUGCCCCUUGGCUCCGGUACCGAUGCAGUUUCAGCGUCUUCCCAGCCGGCAUCAUCCCAAGCAUCCCCGGACGAGGCUCGGACAGGAAAGCCAUGGGUUUCCAAUCCCAUCGGCGGCGCCUCCGCGUUUGGAUGGCUCAAUUCGUCUCAACAGCCGGCCCGAGCUGUGACGAAUCCUAAGUGAAAUAAGUUAGGGGCCCAGCUUUGAUUGACGGUUUGAGUGUAAUGUAAACUCGCACGAGGUCUUUGAAAUUGAAGGUUUGGCGGUGUUCAUAACUUGACAUGUACUAUGCAGUAGCCGGUUUAUAGCGUAGUAGUGGUAACAUACCGACUGCAGUCAUACGAAUUGACAUUCAUCCAAC